AUGAAUCCCUCGAAGGAUCUACAUUCAUCAAGCUAUCUUGUUCGAGAAACAUUUAUUGUUCCUAAAGACGAUCAAGAUAUUAAUUUAGUUCCUGAACGAAAAAAUGUACAACAAAAAAGAAAUGCUGAAUAUCUUAUUCAAGUUUUAUAUAAAUUAAAAUUUUCUGAAGAAGAAUGUAUUUCUCGUUUUAGUGCUUCAUUUGAAAAUCAAGUGGAUUCUUCUAGUCAACAGAGAAAUUCUGAAUCGCUUUGGAAGACAUGGAAAUAUCGUCUAGCAUUAGCAAGAACAACUCAAGAAAGAUCCGAAGCUUUGAAAUUUUUGAGUUCAUACAAAGACAAAUCAAAUAGUUGUCAUCAUUUACCGACAUUCAACGAGCUACAAACUGAACACGAUAAUCAUGAUUCUAAAGAUGCACGUAGUGUUUCACAAUUACAGGUCGACAAGAUUGAAAGUGAUCCAACAUUAUCCAAUACGGGUAUUACUGAUCGAGGUGUUCGAUUACUAGCUGAUUUACUUUGUGAUGUUGAUGCUGAUACUGAUUCAUGUUGUUCAUCUCUCGAAAAACUUUAUUUAUCUUUCAAUACGUCGAUUACUGAUGAAUCAAUGGAAGCUCUUCUUCAAAUAAUUGAACAAAAUCGAACUUUGAAGUUACUCUCUGUACAAUACUGCAGUUUAUCUGAUCAAGCUCGACAAUUAUUGAGAGAAACAGGUAGAAAAAAGAAGAAGAAAAAAUUCAGUCUGUCAGAGUAAAACGAAAAAACCUAAUACGAACUAACUUUCUUUGUAUGUUGUUUUUUAAGUCAAUUUUCAACAUGAAAUAUAUCGUUGUACUAUUUCUUCUUGUUUUUAUUUGUAUUUGUUUCUUUCUUAUCUAUGUUUUGUCUUCAUUGUCUAAAUCUUUUAAUUGAUCGCGCGCUUAUUGGGUGUGAGUAUAGGUAGACAUGCAUCAAACUCAAACCCAAACCAUUCGAGAGUUUGGAUUUGUCACAUGAAACUCACCAAAUCAUUUGACUUUGGCUACAAGACCAUUUCUGUGAAGUCACUUUUGUAUAUAUACAAUGGUGUUUUUCAUAUAAAUAUAACCAAAGGUAUAUUUCUAUGUUUCAUAUUGUCAAACAUCAAAAUGAAGUUAUUCUUAAUCUUAAUAGGAUAAGCUUGCAGGACGGAAAUUUCUGAUUGAUUUAUCUAAAAUUUGAUAAGUUGAAAAUUGAAACAACCUUUUUCAGUCGCAGAAACGAUGUGAGAGUAAAUAAAAUAUGUAUGAAAAAGUUUUUAUCGACUACAUUAGUAAGUGUAGCUUAUGAUAUAUAUCAGAGAUGUGAGUGUCAACGCAUGGACGAAAAUAAGAAACAAAAGAAAUGCGGUAGAGAAGAUAAAGGUAAUAUCACGAGAAAAGAAGAGAAAGAAGUGUCAUGUCACCGCAUAGGAUAUGUGUUUAUGUAUAUGUAGAGAAUGCAAAACAAAACGGCGAGAGAAAGAUGAACACAGAAGGCAAAGAGAAGAAUUUAUGAUGGAUGAAAAAUGAAAGAGUAGUUACGACUGCUAUAAUGGCACUGACAUGAAACGAAAGAGUCGAACGUCUUCUUCAUGUUACUAGUUGAAGAUAGAAGAAAAGCAUCCGAAAAGAAAAAGGAUGGAGUGUGGGUAUGGGUGUGGGAAUACUCUGUUUGAAAAGGCGCUCGUACAAAUCCACACCCACACCCUCACGCCACCCAAAAACAUCAUGCCAUUAAUGAAAACAUAUUUCAAUGUCAUCUGAAGUACUACAAUUCUCUUCAUCAUCAAUUCUUGAUCCCUUAAGCAUAGUAUAUGUC